UUUUUUUUAAUCUCCCCUUGACCACGUUCGCGAUGGUGGGUAGCAGCAGCAGCAGCAGCAGAAGCAGCAGAAGCAGCAGAAGCAGCAGCAGCAGCAAGGCCGGCCCCUUUUCCUAUUCAAUCACCUGGAAGGAGCUGCCUCAAAUACUCUUCUUCUGCUUACAUGAAGAGCUCUAAAAGCUAUCCAGCAGGAGGUGCUACAGCAAGAUAAUGCAACUCUGAAUUUUGAGGGUCUUGCUACUUACUACAACUCUACUUAGCUUCAGCUAAGCAACAGGAUUAACAACCUAAAGUUCCAGAAAGAGUUUGAGGAGCAAUAGAGCUAAAGGAGGGCCAGUUUCCCCAAAAUUGGACUUCUCAGAACAUUUAAUAUGCUAAUGCGCAUUGUGAAUCUCCAAGAGGGGAGUAUGGUAUGCAGCAUUCUUGAAUACUUCUAAUGACAGGGAGCCCACUACCUCAUAAGCUGCAGUGAGAAGAGGAGUUUCUUAUUUUAAACAGAGGCUGAAGAAACUACAGAAUUAGCAAAGAAAGUGGAGACAGUAGAGAAUGGAGUUGCAGACUCUACAGGAGGCUCUUAAAGUGGAAAUUCAGGUUCACCAGAAACUGGUUGCUCAAAUGAAGCAGGAUCCACAGAAUGCUGAUUUAAAGAAACAGCUUCAUGAACUCCAAGCCAAAAUCACAGCUUUGAGUGAGAAACAGAAAAGAGUAGUUGAACAACUACGGAAGAACCUGAUAGUAAAGCAAGAACAACCAGACAAGUUCCAAAUACAGCCAUUGCCACAAUCUGAAAACAAACUACAAACAGCACAGCAGCAACCACUACAGCAACUACAGCAGCAACAGCAGUACCACCAUCACCACACCCCAUCCGCUGCACCCUCUCCCAACCUGACUGCUUCCCAGAAGACUGUAACUACAGCUUCUAUGAUUACCACAAAGACACUACCUCUCGUCUUGAAAGCAGCAACUGCGACCAUGCCUGCCUCUGUUGUGGGCCAGAGACCUACCAUUGCUAUGGUGACCGCCAUCAACAGUCAGAAGGCUGUGCUCAGCACUGAUGUGCAGAACACACCAGUCAACCUCCAGACGUCUAGUAAGGUCACUGGGCCUGGGGCAGAGGCUGUCCAAAUUGUGGCAAAAAACACAGUCACUCUGCAGGUCCAGGCAACACCGCCUCAGCCCAUCAAAGUACCACAAUUUAUUCCCCCUCCUAGACUCACUCCACGUCCGAACUUCCUUCCACAGGUUCGACCCAAGCCUGUGGCCCAGAAUAACAUUCCUAUUGCCCCAGCGCCUCCUCCCAUGCUUGCAGCUCCUCAGCUUAUCCAGAGACCCGUCAUGCUGACCAAGUUUACCCCCACAACCCUCCCUACCUCCCAGAAUUCCAUCCACCCCGUCCGUGUCGUCAACGGGCAGACUGCAACCAUAGCCAAAACCUUCCCUAUGGCCCAGCUCACCAGCAUUGUGAUAGCUACUCCAGGGACCCGACUCGCUGGACCUCAGACUGUACAGCUUAGCAAGCCAAGCCUUGAAAAACAGACCAUUAAAUCCCACACGGAAACAGAUGAGAAGCAAACAGAGAGCCGCACCAUCACUCCACCUGCAGCACCCAAACCAAAACGGGAGGAGAACCCUCAGAAACUUGCCUUCAUGGUGUCUCUGGGGUUGGUGACACAUGACCAUCUGGAAGAAAUCCAAAGCAAGAGGCAAGAGCGAAAAAGAAGAACAACAGCAAAUCCUGUAUACAGUGGAGCAGUCUUUGAGCCAGAGCGCAAGAAGAGUGCAGUCACAUACCUGAACAGUACAAUGCAUCCUGGGACCCGGAAGAGAGGUCGUCCUCCAAAAUACAAUGCAGUGCUGGGGUUUGGAGCCCUUACCCCAACAUCCCCCCCAUCCAGUCAUCCUGACUCCCCUGAAAAUGAAAAGACAGAGACCACAUUCACUUUCCCUGCACCUGUUCAGCCUGUGUCCCUGCCCAGCCCCACCUCCACAGACGGUGAUAUCCAUGAGGAUUUUUGCAGUGUUUGCAGAAAAAGUGGCCAGUUGCUCAUGUGUGACACAUGUUCCCGUGUGUAUCAUCUGGACUGCUUAGACCCACCUCUGAAAACAAUUCCCAAGGGCAUGUGGAUAUGUCCUAGAUGUCAGGACCAGAUGCUGAAGAAAGAAGAAGCAAUCCCCUGGCCUGGAACUUUAGCAAUUGUUCAUUCCUAUAUUGCCUACAAAGCAGCAAAAGAAGAAGAGAAACAGAAGUUACUUAAAUGGAGUUCAGAUUUAAAACAAGAACGAGAACAACUAGAGCAGAAGGUGAAACAGCUCAGCAAUUCGAUAAGUAAAUGCAUGGAGAUGAAGAGCACUGUCCUGGCCCGGCAGAAGGAGAUGCACAGUUCCUUAGAGAAGGUCAAGCAGCUCAUCCGCCUCAUCCAUGGCAUCGACCUCUCAAAACCUGUAGACUCUGAGGCUGCCGUGGGCACCAUGUCCAACGGCCCGGACUGCAGCCCCCCAGCCAACGCCGCCCCCUCCACACCGGCCCCCUCCCCUUCCUCCCAGAGCUGCACAGCGAACUGUCCCCAGGGGGAAGAGACUCAAUAACAGCCGCGCAGGAGGCCUUGGGAUCCCGGCGGCGAGGAGAGCGCAACACUGAUGACUCUAGGAAAGCGGAGCUGGAUUUCUUCUGGAAAGUACAGAAUUCUUGUGGUUCUUUGGUUCCAGAGAGAGAGAAGAUGCUUGUGCCAUGUGGCACCAGAGUUUGCCAAUUGAUCCUUCUUAUUCUGUGUGUACAUGCAAAGAUUGGACCAUGUUACAUGAAAUAGUGCCAGCUGGAGGUUCUUUGCCAGCACCAUGCCAAGUGAAAUAAUAUAUUUACUCUCUCUAUUAUACA